UUUAGAAUUUUAGAAGCUCUCAAAGCGAUUUGCAGUUGUGUUGCGCGUGUCUCGAGGUGAUCGCGGAUUCCCAUUCAAAAUUUUAGAACACGCAAACGGAAAAAUUACUUUGCGACACUCAAGCAGCGUAACAAAACGAGUCGACCGACAGAUAUCAAGCAGCAGGGGAAAAAAAAGAAUAAAAAAAUUUUGUGAAAGUGAAAAGAACUUGCAUUGAUAAAAAAAAAAUGUUGCGUGUGUCCUUUGUAUUGGCGUUGCUGCUGUGCCUCAAUGGUUGGUGUGCAGCGCAGAUCUCGGUGAAAGCUGAGUUACCAAAAUUGCCGGAGUUCAAACCAGUCACCGAAUUGCCCGCCGAUAUCCCCACUUGCGAACAGGGUGACAUUAAUAUUAACGAAUGCAUUAAACGUGCCUUCCAGCAGCUGAUGCCACGUCUAAAAGAUGGCAUCAAAGAGCUGAAUAUACCUCCUAUGGAUCCCUUCAUCAUUGAACGCAACAACAUCGAGAUACGGAGUAGUUUCGUUCAGGGACGUGCACAAAUACGAAAUGUGCGGGUAUUUGGCAUAAGUGAGGGCAACGUCCAGAAGGUAGACUUCCGUUUGGAUGGCAAUAAAGUCAAUAUGGGAUUGGUCUCACAUAUGCCACGCCUUUACAUAGAGGGCAAUUAUAAAGCGGACAUGACACUAAACGAAGUAAAAAUGACGCCAAAAGGAUACUUCAAUGUAACGAUGAGUGAUCUAACUUUGAGCUCUGAGUCGGAAGGUGAACUUUACGAGCGCGAUGGUCACAUGUAUUUGAAGUUGACGAAAUUCAAUUUUGAACCGGAAAUUGGUGAUAUGGCCCUUUACGCCAGCAAUUUGGUGCCAGAUCCGGCUUUAAAUGCCGUCAUUUUGGACUUUGUCAAUCAAUACUGGCGUCAAGUAUAUAAAGUUAUGUUACCACAAACGCGCAGUACUUGGGAGCCAAUGUUUUUGAAAGUUAUGAACUCAUUCUUGGCUGCUGUACCAUUUGAUUUGUUUAUUAAAAAUAAUUAAAUAUUUUAUUGUAAAAUACUCAGGGAUCGCAUAAUUGUUCCGGAUAAAAUAUAUAUACCAAUUUGUGUACAUAAAAUUUUGUUUGUAUAUUUAAAUAGUGCUAAGAUUAUUAUUAUAAUAAAUAUAUAUAUAUAUAUAUAUACAAAUAUAUGUAUAUGCAUUUAAACUGUGAAA